CCCACACCCAGAGUGAGCGGCUGAAAGCUCCAUAUUUUAACUGCCACAGCAUACAGGAUGUUACUCAUGUUAGGGUUUCUAGAAGUACAAGUUAUUUGGGUCGUCGUCCUUGUUGGACUGAACACUGCAAAAGGACAGCAGUUUAAAGUGUGCUCUGACAUAGCGGGUGGCCAGUGUCUUGAUUCUAAUGUGGCAACCUGUAAUGGUGGACAGUGGGACCACUGGGCACACUGUGACGGCUACUGGGGUAUAAGAUGUUGUGUAACAGGUACUACGAGCCAGACCACGCCCCCUGUCACCACACCAAGGACGACAUCAACGCCGGUGGGCAGUACCCCAGUGCAUGGAACCUCUGGUACAACCACAACGGCUCCUGAUGGGAAUGCAGAAUGUGCAGCUCUCCCGGGUCUGAGAAGAAACCGUGUGGUCGGUGGUAAAGAAGCGCCACCUAACCGCUGGCCUUCUGUCGGUAGCCUCCACACAAUAAAAUACGGGCAGCCCAUGUCCUCUACCCACGACUGUGGCGCCACCAUCAUCGCUCCACAGUGGGUCGUUACUGCGGCACACUGUGUGGAUUCUAUCUACGACGAUGCCGAUGACUAUCAACUCGUCUUUGGUGAUCAUAAUCAAGAUCAAAGUUCAGGACGGGAAGUAAUCGCGCGUGUGUCCAGGAUUAUCAAGCACGAGCAGUAUCAAAGUGACGGCCCUGGUUUCCCAAACGAUAUCGCACUGCUGAAGUUGAGCCAGCCGGUGCAGUUUACCCGGUACAUACAGCCUGCUUGCCUGCCGACAGUGAACACUGUAUUUACACCGUCAGACGAGUGCUGGAUCCUUGGGUGGGGAGAGACGAAAGGCACAGGAGAAAGUAACGUCCUGAGAGAACUGCGCCUUGACAUCACACCCAACACCAACUGCUCUGCCAUGUGGUCCAAGUACCCGCAUUCAGGACCCAGGGUGUGGCCAUUUCACAUCUGUGUCGGUGUCGGAGGCAAUGGAACUUGUAACGGUGACAGCGGCGGCCCACUCAUGUGCAAGAAAGGUAAUCAAUGGAUGACAGUGGGCGUGUCCUCGUGGGCCAUGCGCGACUGCGUCACCCCUGGGUUUCCAGCAGUAUAUUCACGGAUCACCUCCUAUUUGCCCUGGAUACGACACAUCAUACAGCAAGAUACUACUACCACCCCUGGGGCUAUAUUUGGAUGAUGCGUUCCUGAACAACACUGUUUGCUAUUAAUGGACCCGUAGCUCAAAACUACAGCAAUCGUAUUAUGAUAUUAUGAUGACUUGUAACCCAGUGUCCGCAGCUGGUGUUUUGAGGACAGAUGACACGGCAUGUUGGUUGUUUACAUCAUAGACGUCUAAGAACUUUAUACCGUGUUUUUUCAUGCUACAUGGAAAGGGCAACUUCAAGCAUACCAUAAACAUGUUUUUGUUGUUGUUUAAUACAUCGAGUUAUAGCAAAUUCUUUCUGACAUAAUGUUGAUUUAGGGUAACGGAUAAAACAGCUAUCUUGUUACAAACGCAAUGCGUUAGAUGUGCGGCAGAUUAACUAUGGUGGUUUCGACGCAUUAUGUUGAUCCAAACGGGAGUGAAAUUACACAGAUAAUCAGGUAUAUUAUAGAUAAAAUCACUGAAAUGAAUUCCAUACUUCUACCAAAUAUUUCUCAUGCGGAUUUGUUAUCCUGUGCAAAUAAUUUAUGCUCCCCUGAUUCAACAUAAUAUGUUUACAUUGAUAUAGAGGAUACAGGUAAAAAUAUUUGGCAAAUUUACUUUUGAAGGCAGGCAGACUGUAUGGGUUUCAAAGUGUACUUGAUAUUGUUAUAAUGUUCCUGGUGCCAUUGAGAAUAGAAGAUCCGAAUAUCAACUGGUCCAAGGCUCAAUUAUGGUGGACCCUACAUGAAAGGAAGACCGCUAAUCCU